ACUCAUGAGCUAAAAAAACAAAAACAAUGUGCUAAUGCUCUUCCAGUUCAAAGUUCGAUUGUUUUGUCCUUUCGUAGAAUCUGUUUCCUGUUUAUUAUUGUUCAUGGAAAGUCGUCUGUCACACCACGUAUGUAGUAAUUAUCAUAGUACAUGUCUACGAUUGCAGCGUGUGUGACUUAAGACGGAAGCUCAAAGAAUCAAAUGGUUAAUGUCAUCUAAGCUGAGCAUACUGGUUACCCAGAGCAAACUGGCUACAUCGGGCUCUAAAAAAGAGCGAUCAGUGAGUGAACUAACUCUCUAUAUUGUGCUACAUUGAACCUAAACCCAUAGUCAUCAUGGAUACUCUCUACACUUAUAAAUUACUACCACCCACAUAUACCAACACGAAGGACCCUGAAUACAGUUAUAGACUAGUGAAGCUCGAACUUGUAGACUGCUGGCAAACUCCAGACCUGAACAUCAUCAUCAAACAAGAAGAGGAAGAGGAUAUUUCUCUGCAAGUUGAAGAAGAAGAAGAAGAGGAGGAGGAAGAGGAUAGCUUUCUACAAGUUAAAGAAGAAGAGGAGGAAGAGGAUAGCUUUCUACAAGUUAAAGAAGAAGAGGAUAGCUUUCUACAAGUUAAAGAAGAAGAGGAGGAAGAGGAUAUUUCUCUGCAAGUUGAAGAAGAAGAAGAGGAGGAGGAAGAGGAUAUCUCUCUAUGUGUUAAAGAAGAAGAGGAGGAAGAGGAUAUUUCUCUGCAAGUUGAAGAAGAAGAAGAAGAGGAGGAGGAAGAGGAUAGCGUUCUACAAGUUAAAAAAGAAGAGGAGGAAGAGGAUAUUUCUCUGCAAGUUGAAGAAGAGGAGGAGGAAGAGGAUAUCUCUCUACGUGUUAAAGAAGAAGAAGAGGAGGAAGAGGAUAUUUCUCUACAAGUUAAAGAAGAAGAGGAAGAUCACACUUUCAUGGUCAAAGUAGAGGAAGAAGAGAAGGACAAAGCUCUUGAAGUUAAAGAAGAAGAAGAGGAGGGUGGUUUUACGGUCAAAAAAGAAGAAGAGGCUAUAGAGGUUUUUAUUUUUUCUGAUGGAAAGUGCAACCAGUGGCCUGUCAGUGGGAAGAGUCCCUCCGUAUCAGAAGAAGAAGAACAACAGACGCGACCAAAGAAACAGCCCCAGGAACCCCACCACUCCCCUCUGUACUGCCCCGACUGUGGGAGGAGUUUUGUCAGCCCUGGGAUACUGAACGCGCACCGCAGAAUCCACCAGUCCAGAAUAAUCCACACCACCACCGGUGAGCCGUCUCACUACUGCCAUGACUGCGGCAAGACCUUCGACACCGCCCGCUACCUCAAAAAGCACCUCUUGGUUCACACAGCAGAGAGGACGCACCACUGUUCUCAGUGCGACCGGAGCUUCCUGAGACUCCAGCACCUCAAAGAGCACCAGAGAACCCACAGCGGAGAGAAGCCUCACUACUGCUCCGCGUGUGGGAAGGGCUUCACCAAGGUCCGACUGCUCCGGACACACCAGCGGCUGCAUGCCGUGGAGGGGGCCGACGUCGUCGGGGAUGGGGCGGAGACGGGGAGGAAGGAAGGUAGUGGGGUGGUGAUGUCAGCGAUGGGGCGGAAGAGAGCGCUGAGAGUUCUGGCCGGAGUGGACUACUACUACUGCUCUGAGUGUGGGAAGAGCUUCUCCAGUGCGGCCUAUCUUAAGGUGCAUCAGAAGGCUCACACAGGAGACAAACCAUACCAGUGUGCUCACUGUAAGAAAUCAUUCAGCACGUCGUGGGGUUUAAAGGUUCACCGGCAGAAUCGCUCUGGAGAGAAGCCCUACCAGUGCGCCGACUGUGGGAAGAGGUUCUCGGACCUGCGCAGCCACAAAGCCCACCGGAGCACCCACACUGGAGAGAAACCAUACACAUGCCCUGUCUGUGGAAAAGGCUUUGCCUGGCUAAAGAGCCUACAGAAACACCAGGCCACACACAGCAGCAGUGAUGGUGGAGUCAUAGAAGUACAUAUAGAAUAAUGUAGGAUAUCCUGAGAGGUUUCACUCCAACCCCAAUCUAGCAGGGUAGUUACAACUACGGGACAGGAGGGUAGCUCUCCAGGAACAGGGUUACAGAAGGGUAGCUCUCCAGGAACAGGGUUGGGUUACAGAAGGGUAGCUCUCCAGGAACAGGGUUGGGUUACAGAAGGGUAGCUCUCCAGGAACAGGGUUGGGUUACAGAAGGGUAGCUCUCUAGGAACAGGGUUGGGUUACAGAAGGGUAGCUCUCCAGGAACAGGGUUGGGUUACAGAAGGGUAGCUCUCUAGGAACAGGGUUGGGUUAAAGAAGGGUAGCUCUCCAGGAACAGGGUUGGGUUACAGAAGGGUAGCUCUCUAGGAACAGGGUUGGGUUACAGAAGGGUAGCUCUCUAGGAACAGGGUUGGGUUACAGAAGGGUAGCUCUCCAGGAACAGGGUUGGGUUACAGAAGGGUAGCUCUCCAGGAACAGGGUUGGGUUACAGAAGGGUAGCUCUCCAGGAACAGGGUUGGGUUACAGAAGGGUAGCUCUCUAGGAACAGGGUUGGGUUAAAGAAGGGUAGCUCUCCAGGAACAGGGUUGGGUUAAAGAAGGGUAGCUCUCCAGGUUAAUCAAGUCAAAUCACCUGGAUUUUAAUUCCAGAAAUGAGAAUUAGAUUCCAAAUGAAAGCAAUCAUCUCAGUGUGGUGCAGGAGGACGGGGCUGGACCAGCUGACAUCAAAAAAUUAAAGGGGACAGUUUGAUUAAAAGCUUGAAAUAAAAGUACAAAUCCAGGUCAAAACACAGG